AUGCGCAUCAUGGGACCAGAGGAGCCUGAGGUGGACCCGGACCCAGAGUUUAACUAUGCCGACCUGGAGAGCGGCAGCAUAUUUAUCCUGCGCUCCGAGGACGGUUUGGACGAUCUAGAUCUGGUGAUCGGUAAUCCGACGAUACCGAUGAGGCUUGAUUUGUCGACGCUUUUGAGAGGCGCCUCUGAAGUAGCCGAGAAGGAGUACUCGGAAUGGCAUGUCACAAAAGAGCUGGGCACCGAGGAGGCUGCUUGCAAAUUUGUGAAUAGGUUGCUGAUGGCGUUGCCCCCGCAUGCUGUCCGUUUCGAUUGCAGGCACGGGGAUGGGCAGCAGUCGCCGCCAAAACCGCUGGAACCGCUGCUCCGCGAGGAGCUGCGUCUGUCCCGGAAACCCCAUGGCCAUCGGCCGAGCCAGCGCGCGCCGCGAAUCUUGACCUUCACGACCGUCUGCGCGUCGAGGCCAUCGGAUAGGCCCGUUUGCCGACCUAUCGACCUCAUUGAAAAGCUCGGUGCGAAAAUCAGCAUCAACGAUCGGAUAGAGAUUUACCGCUGCGACACGAUGGUUUACCGGACCCCGAAUAGCCAGGGCAAGGAUGAAGUGCGAAUCUAUCUAGCGCAGAACUGUGAAGACAUGAAUGCAGAGUGGCGCAUGGAGAAGGUGCUUCACGAAAAGCAAAGGAAGAAUUCCGGGCGACCCGAAAAUUGGAUCAAAGAAUGGCCGAUCGCAGAAGAAUUGAAAACCGAU